CCGCAAAGCAAGCAAGUCGGUAACGGAAAUUCUCGUCAAAAUUUUUCGCGGUCUACGUUUCAACGGCGCCCGGUCGUCGUCGCCGUCGCUGCCCAACAACGCCAACGUCAAGCGCAGCGGCGUCGCAUCAAGCAAAACCUGUGAUCGAGAUCUGUAUAAUAUAAACAAGAAAAGACUGCAUACCAUUCUGCCUUAAGCAUCGCCGAGGAGUACAUAUAGCAGAGGAGAGUCAGGAUACAGAGGAUCAGGAGGAGGGAGGAAAGGAAGACCGAAAAAGAUAUUUGGAUACAUUUGCAUCGCCACUCACAAUGAGCUCGUAUGUGGAACUGUUUGGAUUGUUUCUGGUGCUGAUGUUGCCCUUUCUGUACGAGACAAAUCACAUCUUUCGCUACUAUUUCAAGUUUGUCAUGUAUUAUGGGAUCGUCUCGUUCAAUGCGAUCAUCUUGAUACCGGCAUUUCUCACACGUCCCUGUGACGUGCGCAAUUUACUAUGGGCGAGCUCCUGGUGCCAUCGCGUCACAACUCUGAUUGGUCUGCGCUGGGAACUGCGCGGCAAGGAGCAUCUGGAGAAGGAUCAGGCCUGCAUCAUAGUGGCCAACCAUCAGAGCUCACUGGAUGUGCUGGGCAUGUUUAACAUCUGGCAUGUGAUGAACAAGUGCACGGUUGUUGCGAAGCGUGAACUCUUCUAUGUUUGGCCGUUUGGCUUGGCCGCCUGGCUGGCCGGCCUGAUCUUUAUUGAUCGGGUGCGGGGUGAGAAGGCGCGUGAAACGCUGAAUGAGGUGAAUCGUCGGAUUAAGAAGCAACGCAUUAAGCUUUGGGUAUUCCCGGAGGGCACACGCCGCAACACCGGUGAGCUGCAUCCGUUCAAGAAGGGCGCCUUUCACAUGGCCAUCGACCAGCAGAUACCCAUACUGCCGGUCGUCUUCAGCUCCUAUUGUACAUUCCUCAACGACAAAAAGAAGAUAUUGAAUGCCGGUCGUAUUGUGAUUACCACGCUGCCGCCAGUGAGCACCGAAGGACUCACCAAGGACGAUAUCGAUACGCUAAUGGAGAACGUCCGAUCGCAAAUGAGCGAGACGCUCAAGCUCACCUCGGCUGAGAUGCUGCAGCGCUAUAAGCCGCACAAGCCAAUAACGCCGACGGUUGUUAAUGGCGCCGAUGUUGUUGCCGCUGCCGUCGCCAAUAGUUCCGGCUAUGCGCAGCUGCAUGUGGGCGCCGCGGCAGCCACCUAUGAGACGUACAAGAGCAGCGCCAGCAAGGCGACCAUGCUGAAGACGCUCUAGGCGUCAUCAGAUCAAUCGAUAUCGAUAUCGAUGUCUAUAGAUCAAUAGCUAAAGCGCUGUAGCGCCUUUCAACUUUCAACUUUUAUGACAUGUUCGCCAGUCGCUUGUCUAACUUGUCGAACUGUCGAGACUUUUUUUCCACACAUACCAAAACCAAAAAACAAAAAAACCAAGUAAAAGUAAUGAAAAGUAAUGAAAAAACCAAGCGAAACUGUAACAACAACACUAUGCAACAUGGUUUUUGUUAUUGUUAUUUUACCAAAUGCAUUUUAGAAACAAAUUUAAAUUGUAUUUUAUGUUUGCUAAAUCUUAAACACAAUUAAUUUUAGACUGAAUUUGUCUGUUAUGUAUACUUAAUGGCUAAUUCAAGCAAACUGUUCAAACUGGUCUCGAUCUCUUCUAGUUUACAUGUUUUUUUUUCUUCUUUUUUUUUGUAUUUUUAUUUUUCAAAUACGAUUAAUAAGCUGCCAAAUUUCUAUGCAAUUUCAACGAAAUUUGGAUACAAAACUAAAAAGUAUUUUUGAUUUCUAAUCAUUCACAUUAUUUUGUUGCAUAGUGUUAUUAUAUAUAUAAAUAUAUAAAUAUAUUUACCAUUAUAUACACAGCACAUGCCAGCUAUAACCCAAGUUACAUAUAAUCAAUGUAUUAGCGAAACAUUUCUAACGAAUUUUUCCACACACAAAUCCAAAUACAAAAUACAAAAUACGUAUUUUUUUUACAUUGACAUACCAAAAACUAAAACGAACAACAAGUGUAACCAAAGCUAUGUAAACAUACUCUACUCUAACUAGUGGUUAGGGGGUCCAACACUCUGCGUGGGUCCAUAAGCUAAAAAAAAAAAAUUUAAUUAAUUGCAAUUUUAAUUUGGAAAUUCCCAAAAAAAAGUGCUCUCCGAACUGCGUUCAAAAACGUGUGUAAAUAGCAAAAAAAAAAAAUAAAAAUAAAAUAAAAGAAAAUAAUAAAUUAAAGCAUAUGUAUUUCCAGCAAAUCGGGCAGUUGGAGAGCUCAUCCAAAAUAUCGGCCCGUCGAUCUUAGCUUUUUAUUUUGUAUGAUUUUAUUCUUGCUAUUCAGUCGCUGCAAUGUUUCAUAACAUCUAACAAAAAUAUUUAAGAGAUUUGAACUAAAUACCUAUUUAUGUAUUGUAAUCAAGUUUACUGUACUGUAUACCUAACUUAUAAUACGUUAACUCAAUAUUGUAAAUAUCAUAGAAAAAGAGCGGGAGAGAGAGAGAGUGCGAGAGGGAGAGAACAAGAGAGAGAGAGAGAGAUGGAGGAAGCAAAUAUGCAGUCGUUAAGCUUAAAGACAAAUCAACAACAAAAAACAAAAACAAAAAACAACAAUUAAUAAACAUAUUU